GCGGGGAUGCGCGGAGGCGGAAGUCUUGGGGGCACUUCCCGGCGUCUGGCUUCCCCGUUAGCUUUGGGAGUAACCUGAGCAGGGUGGGUGGUGCUUGGCCUCCCCACGUGGGGUCCGCUGGGCUCCAGGUUCCCUCCCACUGCUAUAACCCGGCGCCAGCGUCAAGCCCCGCGGUGUGGGUCAGUGGCUCCGGAGGGCGGCCGGAAUGAAAAUGCAGACCUGGAGGCUGCUGGUUUCUCUGGUCCUUGGGAUCCUGUAUUCUGCUGGGUCCAGGGGGAAGGUGACAAUCGUGAAUCCUGAAGCCAACAUGAAUGUGACCGAAAUUAUCCUACACUGGGGAUUUCCGGCUGAGGAACACCUGGUGGAGACAAGAGAUGGUUAUAUUCUGUGCCUUCACCGAAUUCCGCAUGGGCGGAAGAAGCCUUCUGUCACAGGUCCCAAACAAGUUGUCUUUCUACAGCAUGGCUUUUUGGCAGAUUCCAGUAACUGGGUCACAAACCUUGACAGCAGCAGCCUGGGCUUCAUUCUUGCUGAUGCUGGCUUUGACGUGUGGAUGGGGAACAGCAGGGGAAACACUUGGUCUCGGAAACACAAGAAUCUGUCAGUUUCUCAGGAUGAAUUCUGGGCCUUCAGUUUUGAUGAAAUGGCAAAAUACGACCUACCAGCUUCAAUUGACUUCAUUCUGAAUAAAACUGGUGUAAAGCAAGUGUAUUAUGUGGGUCAUUCUCAAGGCAGCACAAUAGGUUUUAUAGCAUUUUCACAGUUACCUGAACUGGCCAAAAAGAUUAAAGUAUUUUUUGCCUUGGCUCCUGUGGUUUUAGUAGAUUUUGCUAAGAGUCCUCUAACCAAAUUAGGACGGUUGCCAGAGCAUCUCUUGGAGAAAUUAUUUGGGCACCAAGCUUUUUUACCCCAAAGUGAGAUCUUGAAGUGGCUAAGUACAAACGUUUGUACCCAUGUCAUUAUGAAGCAGCUUUGUGGAAAUCUUUUCUUUCUUAUCUGUGGAUUUAAUGAGAGGAACUUAAACAUGUCUAGGGUAGACGUGUAUGCGACACAUUGUCCUGCUGGAACUUCUGUGCAGAAUGCAUUACACUGGAGGCAGACUUUUAGAUACCAAAAGUUUCAAGCCUUUGACUGGGGAAGCAGUACCAAGAAUUACUUUCAUUACAACCAGACUUACCCGCCUGUGUACAGAGUGAAAGACAUGUUCGUGCCCACUGCGCUCUGGAGCGGAGGCCACGAUUGGCUCGCAGAUGCCAGCGAUGUCAGCCUCUUACUGACUCAGAUCCCCAACCUGGUGUACCACAAGAAAAUUCCUGAGUGGGAUCAUAUUGACUUUAUCUGGGGCUUGGAUGCCCCUGGGAAGAUGUACAAUGAAAUCAUUAAUCUGAUGAGGAAAUAUCCAUGAAAACAAAAUUUCAGACCUGUGCCAGCAAGUCAUCUGAAAAUGUGUUUGCUUGAUUUCUGAAAGAUACUGAUUUUUCCUUUCCCACAUCUUUUGUGUGCAAGAAAAUUAUGACUUUGAAGAUGCCCAGUCCUCCAUAGUUAGAAUUCAAACCACAUCAGCUAUAUUUUACCUACUUAUAGGUGAAUAUGAAGCUAGUGUCACUAACGUCUUUUUAAGUCUUGAAAAAAUGCCAUUGACAUAUGAGAAGACCUGUAUAACUAUUUUGUCUCUCCUUACAAUUUAAAAUCUAUUCUAUUGUUUUUUUUUAACCCCUACCCAGGAUAAAUUAAUACAUGCAAUACACUGUGUUGGUUAUUGCUAAACAAUCUGUCACUGACUUAAGCACAGUAUAAAAGUAUUGAGUUCUCAUCUCCUUUUCUUAAAGGACUCCUUUGUCUAAUUGUCUUAUAUUAGAGAUCUAAAUAAAACUUUGUCUUAUUUUUAUAUUUUAGAUACUUUAUCAUGUUCAGUGCUGUCAUGUGCCAGUAGUAAAGAUUCUAUAAUGAAUUUUAUUAGACCACAAUAACAAAUGUUUAGAAAAUGCUUAAAUUGCUCAGGGCAAGCAAAAUAGCUUGCUGGGAUCUUGAAGCACAGAUUGCACUGACUUAAAAAACCUCAGUUAUUAACAACUUGAAAACUGAUACAUUCAGCUGUCUGUAUUUGUGGACUCUAGAUUGCAUAGCAGGCAGUCUGUUUGUCUCAGGAGAAAAGUGCUCUGGAGAGACUGUAUGGAACUCUGAACCAACUGCUGUCACUCAGUGGUGAUGUCAUUGUGAAGCCAAAGCCCUGUGGUCCCCCGUGAAGUGUCCUAGUUCAUUUUCACUCAUAUAAAAUGUGAAUAUGAAUGUUUUCAGAUUAAAGUUUAGCUCAGGAAUUCAUUUCAUAUUUUACUUUAGUCUUGUGUGUAUUUUUGUAACCCUGCUUUGCAUUCCAGUAUCUGGAAGCCUGUAUUUAUCUGCUUUUCUUGCAGCAUUGUUUAUUUCCUUGUGACGCUGUCAGGUGGACAAAAAGACAAUUGAUAUAUUUUUCUGAUGUAGUUACUUUCACUGCAAUAACAAUGUUAGUAUUGGCUACAUGCAGAUAAAAUCCUACUGUAACAGUAAAUGAUUUCACUGAAACUUUUCAAUAAAACUGAGAUUCAUAGGACUUAAGAA